AGUUUCUUGGAUCAAUAAAUUUUGCUAUUAUUUGAAUAAAAAGAAAAGAAAAUUUCACCUCACGAGGACGUUGGAAGGCUAAAGAUCUUAUACUUCAGAAUCGAUGUGAGAUUUUAAAACAUCAGCAUAUGCUUUGAAGGGAUUUUAAUUCAAAGCAUGGGCACAUCAUCCCUAUUCCUACCCGAUGUGGGAUUUAACAUUGUGGGAUAACUAUGUAAAUUUACGUAUUAAGGGACUGAGCAAGUGUAGUUGUAUAUUAUCAUCAAGGUACUGAUUGAAGCUAAUGGCCAAAUCCGGCAACUUCAUUCAAAUUCUUGAAAUGGGAGGAACAUCCCACAAAUCAAUCCUUUGUUGGACCAUUUUUCAGCCCCCACGGAAGUUUCCACAUCCAAUUUAUCAUUGUCCAAUCCGAAAGGCAAAACAGAAAACAAUGUUCUUUACUCUCCAGUCUCUACAGCCUCAUCAAGAAAUCCUCCAAUCUUCUCUCAAGAAAAGCACAUAUGACAGAGUUUAUCUAGAGAAGCAUCCAUUUCCAUGGAGAGAAGGUUCCCAUGAGAACUCAGAACAAAAAAAGCCAACUUUUUAGUAAAGCUAAGAAUCUAUACCAAGCCCUCCCAAGAUUUUUUUUUAUUUUUUUUCAUCUUUGGGCAAAGGUUUGGAAUCUUCUUUCCAAGAUUAUUAGAUUAAGGCUAAGAAUCCUUUUAUAGUUUCUUGCAGGGUGUUAUGGCAUGCCCCCACAACAAGAAUUGGAUUAUCAUCCAAAGAGUUUACCUUUUCGACACUUUUGAGUUACAAAAGGUUGGACCCUACCCCUCUGCUUUUCUACAAAUGGAAUUCACUUUCUUUGUUAAUUUCUCCAUCAGACUUAUGGGUUUCUCUUCUUUCUCUCUUUUGCAUCACCUAGUCUUCUGUCUCAUAUUUUCCCAUGUUGUUACAGGGAAUUCAUUCAAAGGAUCAUUUGGUGUAAACUAUGGUAAGAUAGCAGAUAAUUUACCUUCACCACGAAGUGUGGUGACGCUUCUCAAAGCAGCAAAGAUUAAAAAUACAAGAAUUUAUGAUGCUGAUCAUGAAGUCCUCAAGGCCUUCAAAGGUUCUGGCGUUCAAAUAAUAGUUGGACUUGGCAAUGAGUAUUUGAAAGAAAUGAGUAUAGGCGAGGAUCGUGCGUUGAGUUGGAUCAAAGAAAAUGUGGAGCCAUUCCUUCCUGGAACAAAAAUUGUUGGAAUUGCUGUAGGAAAUGAGAUCUUGGGAGGCGACGACCAUGAACUCUGGGAAGUUUUGCUGCCUUCUGUCAAAAAUGUUUAUUCUGCUCUUAGGAGGUUGGGUUUGGAAAAAACUGUUGAGGUCUCAAGCCCGCAUUCGGAGGCAGUUUUUGCGAGUUCCUACCCUCCAUCUGCAUGUGUUUUCAAGGAAGAUGUUCUUAUAUACAUGAAGCCAUUGUUGCAGUUCUUCGAGCAGAUCGGUUCUCCUUUCUACAUAAACGCCUACCCUUUUCUAGCCUACAAGAGUGAUCCUGAGCAUAUUGACAUUAACUAUGCUCUCUUCAAAAAAAAUCCUGGAAUCAUAGAUACAAAAACUAAUCUACACUAUGAUAACAUGUUUGACGCUCAGGUUGAUGCAGCUUAUGCUGCCCUGGAAAAGGCAGGGUUUCCGAAGAUGGAAGUCAUAGUUUCUGAAACUGGCUGGGCGUCUCAUGGAGAUGCAAAUGAAGCAGGUGCUACAUUGCAGAAUGCAAGGACCUAUAAUUAUAAUCUGAAGAAACGGCUGUCGAAAAAGAAGGGUACCCCUUAUAGGCCUAAAACUAUGGUGAGAGCUUAUGUUUUUGCAUUGUUCAAUGAGAAUUUGAAGCCAGGGCCAACUUCUGAGAGAAACUUCGGAUUGUUCAAACCUGAUGGAAGCAUAGCAUAUGAUAUUGGAUUCACUGGACUUAAAGAAUCAUCUGCAGUUUCUUCUCUUCUUUCUUUCAAGGGCAUUGGGGCUUCCACUUGGCUGAGUUCUUCCUAUUCAUUAGUUUUAGCAACCUGCAUGGCAGUUCUGCUGUUAGCUUCAGCUUUAUGAUUGAUGUCAGAAGGCAUACAGCAUCACAGCAGGGCAAGGAAAAGACUUGAGAUUCUUGAAUUUACUGAUGUAGUUUGUAACAUAUCAAUGUGUAACCAAUUCGUUUGCUGAUAUUGUACAGACAAUUUAUUGUUGAAUCAAUUGAUCACAGAAAAAUUGCUGAUUGUUUUUUC